CCGCCAUGUUUGAGAAUGUUAUAAACAUCAAGCGCGCGCCGUUCACACAGUCGGCGUUUGAUGAAUUACAUCUUAUGUCCAACGACGACGACCGGAAGUCUAUUGCAGAUCGUUUGAAGUCCCGCUGCAACUGCUCAAAGCAAAAGAUCUUCAAGUUUCUCGCCGGUUAUCUGCCGCUGAUAAGGGUUAUUCGUUACUAUAACUUCAAAGAUUACUUUGUAACGGAUGUCCUCGCAGGAAUCACCAUCGGUAUUCUGCAUAUACCCCAGGCGCUUGCGUUCGGAUUGCUCACGUCCGUGAAGGUUGAAAACGGCCUUUACACCUCGGUGUGGCCCGUCAUUCUGUAUGUGAUCUUUGGAACGUCUGCUCAUGUAUCGAUGGGGACCAGCGCUGUUAUAUGCAUUGUCUGCGCCGCGGUUGUCGAUCGGCACGCUGACGCGUUCAAACUCGCAAACUCGCAUCUGAUGUCAAACGUGUCCGGAAAUGCAACUGUCCACUGGGAGGACAUCCCGGAAUUUAUGGAUUACAAAGAAGACACCGCCAUGGGCAUCACAUUUUUUACGGGUCUCAUCUUAAUUGUCAUGGGUCUUCUCCGGCUUGGCUUCAUUACCGCCUAUCUUUCCGCUUCUUUCUACAGUGCCUUCACUUCGGCGGCAGGGAUUCAUAUUGCAGUAAGUCAACUCGCACCUAUAUUUGGACUUAACAUUCCGAAAUACGCCGGCGUUUUUAAAAUCGUCAAAACAGUUGUCGCAAUCAUUAUGGCUAUCCCAGAGACAAUUGCUGGCGCUUUUAUCAUCGCGUUUGUUUCUUCAGUAGCUAUCCUGUUUGUAAAAGACUAUCUGAAUGACAAAGUAAAGCACAAAAUACCCAUACCUAUACCGGUUGAAUUAAUCGUUGUCAUCGUCUCAACACUCGUUUCAUACUUCGCUGAAUUGAAUGCUAGAUUCAGAGUGCCUAUUGUGAAGUCGAUACCGAACACAAUUCCAGCCCCAGCUCUACCUAGCUUCCACGGAGCCGAUGCAUACUUUGUUGAUUGUUUCGUGCUCGCUAUCUUGAUUUUCGCCAACACUAUCGCUAUGGCAAAGAUUUGUGCAAAGCGACACAACUAUGAGAUCGAUGACAGCCAGGAACUAAUCGCUUAUGGAAUGUGCAACUUUGCCUCAUCUUUCUUGAAGUGCUUCCCGUCGGCAGUCGCACCACCUCGGUCUAUGGUGGCAAGCCAAAUGGACACGAAGACGACGAUUUGCGGGGUUUUCUCCACUAUUUUGUUGAUUCUGUUAAUUUUGGUAAUGAGCACGCUCUUUGAACCUCUUCCAAAAUCGGCACUUGCAGCCAUCAUUAUCGUGUCACUGAAAGGUCUUUUUAUACAACUGAAAGAUUGUGUGCGGUUUUGGAAAAUCAACAAGAUUGACUUUGUCAUUUGGUUCAGCACGCUUGUGAGCACUGUCUUCUUGGACAUCGACUUCGGAUUAGGAGUUGGUGUCGUUGUUUCAUUGAUCACAGUUGUCUUCCAGGCACAAUUUGCACGGGGAUAUCGCGUAGGUAAAACGGUGAGAGAUACAGCACUUGUUGAGCACAAAAGAUAUGCAGACUCCGUUGAAAUAUCGGGCGUUCGCGUCUUUAGAUUCCACUCCAAUUUGUUCUUUGCUAGUGCGGAAAUAUUUCGUUCAGCUUUAUACAGCGCGACUGUCAAUCCAAGGAAACUGUUGAAAUUCAUCAAAAAGCAGGAAAGGAAACGCGAAAAGGAAGAAAAGAAACAAAAACUUUCGGACACAUGCUCCCAAAAGUCCGAAGGGCAGAUCUGCAUUGAUAUCCCUGGAAUCACCGUGAAUGAAAUGAAGGAUGCUAGUGAUGAAUUUAAAGUUGUUGAUGCAGUUGAAAUUGCAACAAUCAGUAACGACAAACCUCUUGUUAACAAAAAGGAUAGCGUAACAUCGAAUGGCUCCGGUAGUCGCACGUCCUUGUCAGGUGUCGACAAUCCGGCGUUUGUCAAUAAGGAAAACAGUUAUGGAACAACAUUAGAGCUACCCUUUGAGUAUAACUUACACAAAAGAAAUAUGAGUAUCGUUACCAUAGCAACCAUAGGCUCUCUGAUAGACGAAUCAGUCGACCCUGAAGACGGAGAGGAGGUUGUUACGGAUGAAAAGAUCCGACGAAUGCGCCGAGUGCAUCACAUCGUUCUUGAUUUUUCGACGGUGAAUUAUAUGGAUGUUUCCGGUGCGAAUGUUAUAACGCACAUUUACAAAGAAUAUUCUCACGUCAAUAUAAAAGUGUUCCUAUCAAACAUUUCAUACGAUGUCCGUCAGAUAAUGGCUAACGCUGACGUCUUUGACACUGUUCCAAAAGAAAAUAUUUUCAUUGACAUUCUUGAUGCUGUAGCUGUGGCUAAGCUGGAGAUGAUCUUGCCGUUUCCUGAGGAAGGUCUUGAAGACUUCACCAUCGAAGAAGCCGCUGAAGACAAUAAUGUCACACAUAUUGGUUAAAACGGCUAACCAGCAUUCAAAAACACUCAGCAAAUUAUUUUUGAACAGUUUGUUUAGCGAAUAUGUACAGUAUUUUUUAGAAAUCAAAGUUCUUACGUUUAUUUGCUUAAGCGAGUUUUUGUUCAGUGUUUGGUGGGAAUGCGUGUGUUUCAUUUUGUUUAAAAUGAUAAGCCAAUGUAAAGUAAUUAUCAAAAUAUAAUAACAACAAUACAAAUAUGUUUAGCGUUCAUAUAAUGAAAACAAGUCUUAAACAAAACAGACUGUAUACUCUAUUUAUAGAUUUCACGCUGUUUUAUGAAAUAUUCAGAUUGUUGUGUGUCGUUCGGGAUGAUAAAUGUGCUCAACGAAAUGUAGUGCUCGCAGUGGAUAAGUGAUAACAUUUAUGACAAAAUAACAAUUUGUAUGUAAAUUAAAUGCCACUUCUUAUAAACUAUGUAUGCAUAGAUGUUAAAUGUAAUUAAGAAUGUAUUCACUACGUUAUCGUAUGUAUAUUUAUGGUAAUAGACAUGUAAAUUAAAUAGUAAAAUAAAUUAAUUUGUACAUUUCAACUUCUUUUGAUAGUACUUUUGAAAUGGAUUAACUGGCCUUCACUUAUAUUUGUUAUUGGACAACAUAAAUCACCUCAUGAAUACACAAAUAAGUGAAAUGCACGUGUAUAUUUAUGUCCGUAUAUGCCACUUAAACGUGUUUGUUUGUAAUCAAGAAAACUUAUUUAGGAACUCGCUGCUUGUUUUGUGAUUUAUAUUCUGAUGUCAAUUGCGAGAUCACAGCACUCCAUUACUUAGUUUAACCCAUUCAUGCCUAGUGGAUUUUCCCAUCCUUCUUAAUUAGAUCAAUUUAUUUCCAACAUUAGGUAUGUCUAGUAUAUUUAUUUCUAUAUUUAGAAUAUUUCUUACGGAAAUUCCUUUAAGCAAACAGCGCAUACCCAGAUGAGACGCCGCAUAAUGCUGCGUCUCAUCUGGGUCUACGUUGUUUGCCAAGGCCUUUUUUCUAGACGCUAGUCCUAAAUGGGUUAAUUUCAUUAUGUAAGCGAGUCUGUUCAUUAAGUUCAUUUUGACCGAGCUGUGUGAAAAGGGUGUUUAAUGCAUGUGCAUACAGUGUCGUCCCAGAUUAGCCUGUGCAGUCCGCACAGGCUUAUUAGGGACGACACUUUCCGCUUUUAUGGUAUUUUUCGUUUACAGAAAGUCUCUUCUUAGCUAAAAAUCUAGUUCAGGCGAAAAUUGCGCCUAAUUUAUUUUUUAAAAUUUUGACUGUACCAAAGGCGAGUUUUAAGAUCGUAUUAUGUAAAUUAAUUUUCAUAAGGAUUGUAAUGUGCUGUUCAAAGUGUUUUAUGCUAUCAAAAACAUAUAUAAAUCGUAUCGAGCACGUUAUUUUCAAUGUAAAAAACACAACUAACAAUAUGUUUAUAAAACUUUUUACUCAUUAUAUGAUUUGUCAAAUAGAUGCAUGUAUGAAUAGUGUACUAAAUUAUGUUUUGUAUUAUAUUUGAUUGUAACGGUGAAACAGAAGGUUUGGUAAAUUUGAACAUAUUUGCCUGCUACUUUUGAUCUGGAUAUAUGCUCUUCCAUUUGUUUAUGACAUUCACAUAUGUAAUUGUACAAUACAUCCAUGUAUGCAAUCAAACAUGAAUACAAUGCGUGUGUAUAUUUAUACAUAAAUGCGAUUAAUUAUGUGUAAUCAAGAAAACAGAUUUUACAAUCGUCAA